UUGUCUGGCGGGAGAGUAUAUUGGUAGCGAAUUUCGUGAAGGGAUUAAUAAACGGGGGAUUUGGUUUACAGUGUGGAACUAAAAAUUACUUAAACUUAAUAUACUGCUGUCGUCCAAAGUAAAACUUUUCUUAACUAGCUAAAUUCUGAGCAUUACGGAAAAGUAGCCAGCCAGUGUUAAAGAAUGGUUGGCUUUAUGCUAGAACGCUUAUAACAAUAGUUAGCUGCUGGCUAAUAUUGCUAGCCAGGGACGCCUCGAGAUAGGUUGCGAAACGCUAGGUAAUUUCCGUAUGACCAGUUCGUUGUGCUUCGCCUACGUUUAAUGUCUGAGGCUUCUUGGUCACUGAAAGACGAGUCCGUUUUAAAUUAAAUUAACGAGGUAACGUUAGUUGGGUACUUCGCUCUAUUCGGUUAAAUCAUCCACUUCAGCUAUGGCGAAAGUUCAAGUGUUAAACGUUGCGGUUCUGGACAACCCGAGUCCAUUUUGCAACCCCUUUCAGUUUGAAAUGACAUUUGAAUGCAUGGAGGACCUACCAGAAGAUCUGGAGUGGAAGAUCAUCUACGUGGGCUCAGCGGAGAGUGAGGAGUACGACCAGACAUUGGACUCGGUUCUGGUGGGCCCGGUUCCGGCCGGCAGGCAUAUGUUUGUGUUCCAGGCGGACGCGCCGAACACCGGCCUGAUCCCCGAGACGGACGCGGUGGGCGUCACCGUGGUGCUGAUCACCUGCACGUACCGCGGACAGGAGUUCAUCCGCAUCGGAUACUACGUCAACAACGAGUACACCGACCCGGAGCUGCGCGAGAACCCGCCCCUGAAACCCGACUACUCGCAGCUCCAGAGGAACAUUCUGGCCUCGAACCCACGCGUGACACGCUUCCACAUCAACUGGGACGGCUGUGCCGACAAGAUGGAGGACAGUGAGAACGUGGACCCUGCCCCCAACGCCAUGCUGCCCCCUUCCUGCGCCCCUGGGAAGCCCCCGGCCCUCGGGCUGAUGCCAGACAACUCCAUGGACUGUUUGUAGACAACCGCAGAAACACACAAGCGCGCAUACACUGUCACACAACAAGCACUACUGUAGUGAAAGUAUGUAUGAAACACUCAUGUGCGCACACACACACACACACACACACACACACACUGCACACAAGCACUCUGCAUCUCGUCUCCUAUCACUUCUGGUAUAGGAAUGAGGUAAGGACAUUUUACACACGCGCACACACACACACACACACACACACACACACACACACACACACAUUCUACAUUGCUACUCCUAGCACUUCUCAGAGGAAGGAAACCAGGAACCUCCUGCACGGAUACGUGUGCGUUUGUUUGUUUGUUUGUGUGUUUGUUUGUGUGUGUUCCGUGUGCUCUACACCACGACUCCUAGCACCGUUCGUUGAGGAAGGAGGCCAGGAAACGGAUGAACGCGUUUAUGUGCACACAGCACAUGCACUCUGGCGACUGAAGUGGACUGCAAGACAGAACGCUUGUGCUUGUGCAGCGCUUCCGCCAGCUACCCCGUCUCGACGGGGUUUCUGUGCACAAGGGAAGCUAGAAUCUCUGGACUGGACUGACGUGAAAGCCCAGAAUCUCCGCUGCACCUGCAACUUGUAGAGAGCCAUUUUUCCUCAGAACAAUGAUUGCCAUUCCUUUUAUGGGGAGGGCGAGCGAAAAGGACAAAAAAAACGGGACGGAAGAAUCUGAAGCAACAAUUUCACUCCUGAAAAGGGGGAAGAAUUUAAUUUGAGGUGGCAUAACAAUGUCUUUUUUAGUUUUGCCUUUUUGACAUUAACUGGAGAACAGA